UCAUGUACGUGUCAGGCAAACCCAACUACCUCCUGGUGCGCACUCUGUUGGCCUCCCUUCAGAGAGACCUGCGCUGGUUCCUGGAUCCACCAGAUGGCAGCAGAGAGCACCCCGCCACCACCUGCCUGGAGCUGUGGCUGGUCAACCCAAACGUUUCCAAUGGGAAUUAUUACGUGGAUCCGAACCAGGGCAGCCCGGCUGAUGCCUUCCAGGUGUACUGCGACUUCACGGAGGAACCAAAGACCUGCCUGAGGCCGCUGCGCUCUCAGGUUCCAGUGAAGCCGUGGCUGGUAGACGCCGGCACCGACGUGGCCUUCCAGUGGUUAAGCACCUUUAAAGGUGGCUUCCAGUUUGAGUACCCUGGGUCGGACGUGGUGCAGAUGAGGUUCCUGAGACUGGGAAGCCGGUUCUGCAGCCAGAGGGUCAGCUACUCCUGUGGGCCGGGGGGCCGGCAGGGGUCCCGGGAGAGGCAGGUCAAGUUCCUGGCGGACACGCGGAGACAGAGCUAUCUGGCGGCGCUCAGCGACUGUGAGCCAUGGGACGGGCGGGACCCGGAGCAGCCCGAGUCGGUCUUCCUGUUUGAGAGCGAGGACCUGGGCCUGCUGCCCCUCAGGGACGUGGGGGUACUGGGCAACCACCGGCUGACCCAGGGGUUCGGCUUCACCGUCGGACCCGUCUGCUUCAGCUAG